UCAUCGUCCAUGCGAUACCCCUGAGCAGACGACAUUCAUGUUCAUCUCAAUCUAAUCGAUGGAUCUAAUUGACUGCCCUGAACUAAUUGAUCAUCCAGUUGUCGCUUGAAGACGACAUCAAAAUGGCAGCAUCCCAAGACUCCCUGGCCUACCAUGAGCCAGACAUCACGACGAUCCUGAUUCAAUCAUGCUUUCUUCUUGCCCUGAAUCUGAUCAAUUAUGUCCUGGACAAGUUGAUCUACUGUGGCUUGAUCGGCCAGUUGUUGAUCGGGAUGGCUUGGGGCGUGCCCGGAGCGAACUGGCUACAGCUUGAGGUGCAGGAAUCGAUUCAGCAAUUGGGGUAUUUGGGGUUGCUUCUUCUUGUCUAUGAGGGUGGACUGUCAACGUCAUUCUCCCAAUUAAAAUCGAACAUGGGACUGUCUGCCAUCGUGGCGUCGACGGGGAUUGCCGUUCCCAUGGGCUUGUCCUUCAGCAUGCUUCGCCUUGUCGAUGCAACUCCUUUCCAAGCAUUUGCGGCUGGGGCGGCCCUGUGUUCAACCAGCAUCGGGACCACCUUCACCAUCCUCUCCACUACAGGGCUAGCCAAAACACGCCUUGGCGUUGUACUGGGGAGUGCAGCCAUGAUGGACGAUGUUGCAGGACUGGUGAUGGUUCAGAUCAUCUCGAAUAUCGGAAGUGGCGAGUCAGGGCCAGGAUCCUCAUUCGAUGCAACCAUCGUCAUCAGACCCAUACUGGUUGCCUUCGGGUUUGCCUUCGGGCUGGGGCUUUUCUGCCGAUUUAUUGUUACAAUGGCCAUGCGCAAGAUCCAAGCCAGCACCACGCGUCCUCCCCCUAGCAUCAAGUCCACGCAGUUUGCUUUUGUCGCUCACAUCUGUAUUUUGAUUGGACUUGUCAGUGGAGCUCAAUAUGCCGGCACUUCGGGUCUCUUUGCCGCCUAUCUUGCUGGGGCGUCAAUCUCUUGGUUUGAUGAGACUCUUGCCACUCUCUGCAGCAGUCCCAGAACAGAAACUCUUACCAAUGAUGAGACUGCAAAUGAGAUGCAGCGUUCAUCUGCUACUGAUGCAGGCAGAUCUCAAUCGAGACAAAACGAUGCAGAACCCCAGCGGAGCACGCCCCAUCAACCUGCCCCAACAGGUGAGCAGGUGUUCGAAAGAUAUUGCAAGGAGCCUCUGAAGCGGGUCUUGAGUCCACUUUUCUUUGCUUCCAUCGGAUUUUCAAUCCCAAUCACCAAAAUGUUUCGUGGAGAGGUCAUCUGGCGGGGAAUGGUCUACACCCUCAUCAUGAUUCUCGGCAAGAUGAUCACGGGAAUCUUCCUGAUUCGUCUUUCACUUGCCCCUCCGUCGAUCUUUACAAAAUUCAGGCCUAGACCUCGCGUCACGUUCCCGUUCUGCACAUUUCGAGAAAGGGCGAGCAAACCCAGAUCUACUGGCAAUGCGACUAAAAGACAGAGACAAAGGACGAAUGACUCGACGGAAGGGCAGGAUCCACAGGCCCAGCAGUCCCAAUCACCAGCGGCAGAAGCGGGUGCUCAAGCCGUCCAGACAUCAAACAAUUCCGCUGUGUCACAAGUUCGCAGAACUCAAUCUUCCUCGAAACCCCGCUCACUGUACCCGGCAUCUAUUUUAGGCUUGGCCAUGGUUGCGCGGGGUGAGAUUGGAUUUCUCAUCGCAUCCCUAGCUGAGACGGAUGGUAUCUUUGCUCGGAAAGAUUCCAAAAGUCAGGGAAGCUCAGAAAUGUAUCUUGUGAUCGUCUGGGCAAUUACUCUCUGCACCAUUAUUGGUCCUAUAUGCGUCGGUACACUUGUGAAGAGAGUAAAAACCUUACAGAGUCUGCGAGAACACUCGGGUGGUGAAGACCCGCUAGGAAUAUGGGGUGUCUGAGUUCCGCGAUUGCAAGAAAAUCAGGUUUUCGUUCUGAUCUUUGUAUGAUAGAAAGACUGGACCAUAGCUCGGACCUCAUUCUAACUACCAAGAGAGCUGAGGUCUGAUGAGAAUGUCCUUUCCUCGGUGGCUGUGCUAUGAAGAUCCUGAGUGGUGCCUAUGAGAAUCCAGUAGGCAGCAAUGCCCGGUUCAUAUUGUGAGUUCGACACAUGCAGCAGCA